UUCUCGUCCAUUCUCGGGACGAUGGCGGAGAAGACGGAGGGUGAAGGUAGCAACGCGGCCGGCAGCGCCGCCGCCGCCGCCGCCGCUGCUGCGUCGGCUCGGGGCGGCGUUCAGCGCGUGGAGGGGAAACUUCGCGCCAGCGUGGAGCGCGGAGACUACUACGAGGCGCACCAGAUGUACCGCACGCUCUUCCACCGGUACACGACGCAGAAUCGUCACAGCGAGGUGGUGGAGCUCAUGUUCUCCGGGGCUCUGCUCUUCUUCAAACACAACCAGCAAAACAGCGCUGCGGACCUCUCCAUGCUGGUGCUCGAGUCGCUGGAGAAAUCCUCCGCUACGGUCACCGAGGAGCUGCUCGAGCGGCUGUCGCGCCUCUUCUCGCUCAUGGACCCCAACUCCCCCGAGCGGACCAACUUCGCGGCGCGCGCGGUCAAGUGGUCACGCGACGGCACAGCGCGGCGCGGGCACCCCGAGCUCCACCGCCUACUGGCGCUCACCCUGUGGAAAGAGCAGAACUACGGCGAGUCGCGCUACCACUUCCUGCACGCGUCGGACGGGGAGAGCUGUGCGCUCAUGCUGGUGGAGCACGCGACGACGCAAUCCUUCCCCGGCGAGGCCGACCUCUUUGUGGCGCAGGCCGUGCUACAGUUCCUGUGCUUGAAGGACAAGAGCACGGCCACGAUCGUGUUCGUGACGUACACGCAGAAGCACCCCCUCAUCGACGGAGGGCCGCCCUUCUCCCUGCCGCUCCUCAACUUCAUCUGGUUCCUGCUGCUCGCCAUCGAGGGGGGAAAGCUGACCGUGUUCACGGUGCUCUGUGAAGUCUACCAGAUGUCCAUCAAGAGAGAUCCCGUCUACUUGGAGUACCUGGACAGGAUCGGGCAGCUGUUCUUCGGAGUGCCGCCCAAGCAGACGUCAUCCUACGGAGGAAUGAUCGGAAACCUGCUCAGCAGCCUCAUGGGCAGCGACGAGGAGGGUACGGAGGCCGAGCCGGACGGCCUCUCCAUCGAGCUCGACUGAUGGGGGGGCCCCGGCAGCCACGACACGUGGGCCGCGAAUCCAGCCACGGAGGCGGCACGAACCGAGGUGAUGGCGGUGGCGGCGGGGGAGUGAGGGGGGAGCAACGUGGCGGCAACGGCGCAACGCAGAUGAAAAACUAAACCAAAUAAAGCGGAACGUGGCGACGCACGGCGGUGGCACACCAGCGACGGGGCGAUGAUGAGAAAGGCGACGCGUACGACCCAGGACGAACGCGGUGGCGGCUGGGGGGCGAGGAGAGCGAUGGGCGAACCUCAAAACGAGAUAAGAGACGCUGCAUUGUCACAGACGUCGCGGCCUGCCUGGGAGGAGGAAGCGUGCUACAGCGGCCUCCCUCUCCUCUUUCUCCUCCUCCUCCGCAGCACCAGUCCUGCUCGCUGCUGGAAACGGCACCAUCGUGGGCGAAGUUCCGUGGAUGGCGCUUGCCCGCACGUUCGUUACCGUUUGCUUGCCGAUGGUGGCCCACGCAUCCUGCUAUUUUAUUUGAGGUGAAAUUUGUCGCCAUCCCCUGCUGCUGCCGGACGCUGGGCAAUGUGGCACAUGGGCUUUUUUUUUUGGCGAUGUCAUUUCACGGCAAAGGGGGAGAAACGGCGGUGAAAUAAAAUGGAGGAGAGAAGAGGAGAGCGUAGCUGCAUUGAGGGAUGUUGCACUCGGCUUGGGUCUCUGUGCGUCGGACACAGCGGAGGACCGUGACGGUGUUGGUGGAGCGGCGACUGCCUCCACUGAAAUGUUAUGCUGUAUCACCCCCCCCCCCACUUCCUCCACCAGCGACACUACGACCUCCACCAGAAACCCAUCACUCGCACCUCGGUCAGCCACCUCCAUCCGCAUCACUACCACCUACCACGAGAUGCCUGUCAUUAUCGCCUCCAGACAUCCCACCAUUUCGCCACCCAUUUUAAACGGAGCGACGUCUCCCUUGUCGGCGACAGAGCGCACUUUCGAUUUGACGCAGCCCUGUUAGGGCCCCUCACAAUUGCCUAUUCCUCCGCACGAUGGCUUGGUGCGCGCUUGUUUAGCGAGGAGAAACCCCCUCUCAUUUUGUCUCGCCAAAGUUCUCUGUUAAAAAUAGCAUUGCUGUUAUAUAUAUUUUUUUGAGGUGGUGGGGAUGGGUGCAGUGAGAAAGUGGGUGGUGUUUAUUUUCUCUGAUCAAAACUGUGAGGAUGAAAGUUUUGCUGGUUGACGAGAGAUCCAGUCCUCAUUCAUGGCAGGCCCUCUCUCUUGCAGGCUCCAAUUCCCAUAGGUGUAACAGCAGCACUCGAUGCUAAAUGAGCGUCGCUUGCUAAGCGAGGGCUGGGAAACGGGGAAACGUGUAAAAUUUACGAACCCUGGCCCACCGACGGGAGCUGAGAAACACUUUUGCCACCAGCAGCACUUGCCGCUCUUGUAGUCGUAAUGUAAAGAUGAGAAUCGGCGUUAAGCCGUUUGGAUGGUGCGCGUAAAGCGUCGAUCAUCUACGAUUCGCGUGUGUUCUAUGCGAUUUGUUCUUGGAAAAUUCUGCAGCUUCUAAAAGAUUCUACACACACCACGAAGGCACAAACUAAAAAAAAACCAAGAAAUUGUGUUCUUCAAAUUUCGACCCUGGAUCAUGACAACUCGAAUUUUGAAUGCUGUGAAUGGUGACAUCUAUCUGGUGGGGCUGAGAUAGGGGUCCUGCAUACUUUUAUCAGCAUGUCCCUAAGUGAUGGAUAUUGCCAGAGUGUUUUAGAAUGCCUGUGUAGCUCAUAGUUUGCAAGAGCAUUUUUAUUAAUUACUUUCUCCAAUUCGUUUUCCUCGGAAAUUUAGGGGGCGUGUUUGACGAGGGAAUCGAUGCAGGUUUGACGAAAGGAACGGCGUGAUAAACUUACGAUUACUAGGCAAUUGUAACGGCGAAAAGUCGGAAAAAACUAUCGAAAAUGUAACGACAAAUGGAUGGCAUUGGUUUCCCAAUAUUUAUUUAAAAUCGCCAACUUUGUUAAGUGCGCACUGCCUUAGAAUGGAUGCCUAUCAGUCGUGGGGGUGGUUUUUACCAUACUUCAUGUUGUCCACUGCAGGUUGGCGAAGGGAAAAGGCCCAAGACCGGGAAUCAAACGAUUUUAGCCGCUGGAUUCGGAGUGCAGUGCGUACAUCGCCACGACACCGCUCCAUCCCUUCGUUACAGCCGGCUGUCUUAAUUUGGGCCCACGUCGGCUACCGCUCUUCGAUAACUCACCAUUUCAAAACCGAGAUUUAAUCGAUGGUUACGAAGAGUUUGUUAGAUCCAGUGGUGUUUGGUAAAAAAAAAAAACAGCCAGCCUGUUCACGUUUGCAAAUUCCUAAUAAUCGUAAUGGGCCACGUGUUCGUCCAUGUGUGUUAGAACCUGCACUUGCCGCAAAUGGCACGGCUCCUUUCUGUAAUGUGUGUGGUGCGACUGAGAUAAAGACUCGGUAAGGAUUAAAAUAUGAAGAGUCUGUGGUAAUGACAUUAAAAAGAAAAUUAAAAACCCUUUUCAUGUU